AUGUCCGCCUUGGCCAAUGUCAUCCUUUUGCCUACGCCUUUAAAUACGUCGUUCUUCGUGGACCCGCUGCGACGGGAGGGUCGUUUCCAAUGGAACUCGAUGCAGGGAGAGGCCGUGAGCCUCGUGAAGCAUCUGCCGAGUCUCGACGCCUCUCUGGACACCUCCACCAAACCGCCCACGACUGACCUGCGCAAGCAUUCACAAGCUGACCCGAAGCAGCACACGGCGUGGGCCAAGCGCAAGGAGGAAGUCAGGGCCGAUUUUCGCGCUUUCGACCAAACAUUUCUUGUUCCGGAGGGCACCUUUGAACUUGACCCGGUGGAGAAUGGACCAUUUGAGCUGGGACACGAUUCGAAGGAGAUUCUCGACAAAGUCGCCCAAGCCCAGCUAGCGCUUACUCGGCACCUGCCUCCCGCGGACGAGCCUCGCCAGGUUGAACAUAUGCCAGUCGCAACACCCGCUACAAGCUUAGUGCAAGCUCCCUCUGAAAUGAUCGCCAGUCCUGGCGCGACACCCCGCGCAUCGACGCCAGAUUCGACGUUGUCCGCGGCUGUGGGAGAGGGUUGGGGGGGUUCAGUCAAGUCCGUUGGUGGGCCAUGUCCGUCGGUCCCGUGGGUGCCCAAGCGGGAAGCACUCAUUGACCCGGCUGCAGGUUCGUCGUCCGGGAUUGUUGAGACCGGCUCGAUUUCUGGCAGGGUCGUGACACGAAGGCAUGUUGUUGUAAAGCGCCUGGCACCGGUCCAACAACCAGACUGA